GGGGAUUGGCGCGCCUGGCGAGUGGACACGGGAGGUCAGUGCACGUCACGUAGUUGUGCUCAAAGCCGUGGAAUCCGUUCGGUGACUCCAGUUCUCGUUCGCGGCGAUCCGUCGUGCCGCAAGUGAGAUACGCAGCAGCGAACUGUUCCGCUCGGAGAUUCCCGAGCGGGCCGGGGACAUUUGGUGCGCGGUCAGGCUCGGUUCGUUCACGCUCGGUCCGCGCUCGACGGCCACGUCCACGUCGGGUAAACGCGCGCGCGCGCGCGCGGAGGAUCAGCGGGAAUCGCGCUAGAGCGCGGAAUCGCGGGCGCCGUACGCGAGACGAUCAUCCGGACUGUUCCAGUUUUGUCGCGCGCGAGUGUUGUAACCGAGUCCGCCGUAGGGAAAGGCCGACCGAGAGAGAAAGGAAGAAGAGAGAAAGAAAGAACGGAUAAUCGCUGGAUACGAUUCUGCUUUGCGAUUGUCCCAGCCGGUGCAUCCUUGACUCACGACAACCGUCUACUCUAUCCUAACCACCUAGCUCGUCCUCUCUGAUACGGUCACCGCCAUCGCCACCGCCGCCGCCGCCGCCGCCGUCGCCGUCGCCACCGCCGCCGUCGUUCGACGCCCGCCGCCGACGACGACGACGACGAUACGCGAGGCAGCCGCGCGAGUCGCAGGUUAUGUCAAGCGGAUUGGCAGGCGCUGUCUCAAACCAGCGGAUGAAAGGACAAACCGGCAACCAAGUGAGCAAUGGUCCUAAGGAACACCAGCAGCAACAGCAAACGGAGCAUGCCGCUGGCGAGGACACCGGUUUCGACUCGUGGCGGGGUGGCAACAAUGCUCAGCAUCACUCGAGUUAUCCGAUCGGCACCGGUGAUCCGUACAGCCCGUACUACGCUGGUACCUCGUUCCCUUACCAAACCUUUGGCGCCGGCGAUGGUACGUGGUCGAACGGCACCGAUCCGGUCGCCUUUCUAUCUGGUUACGGCGGUCAAAUAAGCCAUGAUGCGUAUGGCAUGGACGGCAUGUUCUCGGCGUCGGCGGCUGGCGGUGGCUUCAGUACAUUCGGCCAGCCGCCGUUCAACUACUUCCACGGCAAUGGCGACUUCAGCGCAUGGGGCACCCCGAGGAGAACAAAGUAUGAGGAUUACUAUCAACCACCUCGCGGCAACGAGAGUUACGCUAAUCCAGCAGCGAGCGGCACCGGCGAGAUUAAGACUAUCGAGCAAGGCGUGCAGGGUCUGUCCAUUGGCGGCGGAAGUGGCGAAUUACCGCGGCAAGAUCAACACCCGCAGCAGACUACAGCGCAACAGAUCAAGCCCGAGCCAAAAGAACCGAGGAAGAUUACUUGGGCGAGCGUAGCGAGCCAACCAGCGAAACCGGUACCACCGCUCUCGUCCUCGCAAGGGAUGAAAAAGAAGGCGGGCAUGCCGCCGCCGCCAAUCGUGCCGGGCAAACACAACAUGGACAUCGGAACGUGGGGCGAGGGCAAGUCUUCCGCACCACCGCCGCCUACGGCGCCCCCGCCUCCACAGGUACAACCACCGAUCCCGCCGCCACCGCCGCCCGUUCAGAGGCAGCAACGACCACCACAACAGCCACCACAGCCAUGCUGGAACAGACAGUCAUCCGCGGCGGCAGUGGCAGCGGCCGCGGCGGCGGCGGCAGCGGCGGCGGCGGCAGCAGCGGCACCGACACCACCGAUUCCACAACAGUCACAGACGCAGAUCCAUAUGCCGCCGCAAUCUCAGCAGCACCAACAACACCAGCAACCGCAUCCACAACAUCAUCAGCAACAGCAUCAGCAAGUGCAACAGCAUCAGCAGCAGCAGCAACAGCAACAGCUUGCCCAGAGCAAUCAGUCGCAUCCGGUUCUUGAUGAACUGAAAGUGAAGAACGAUUACAAUCCCGUGGAGUUCGAUCAGGCUGCACCUGGCGCGAGGUUUUUCGUGAUCAAGUCCUAUUCGGAGGACGACAUCCAUCGAUCCAUCAAAUAUGAAAUUUGGUGCAGCACGGAGCACGGUAACAAGCGGUUAGAUCAGGCUUAUCGAGAAGCGAGUCGCGAGGGUGCGCCUCUUUACUUGUUCUUCUCCGUAAACGGAUCCGGCCAUUUUUGUGGCAUGGCGCAGAUGGUCUCCCCUGUCGACUAUCAGUGCAACAGUAGUGUCUGGUCCCAAGACAAGUGGAAGGGUCAGUUCCGUGUUCGUUGGAUAUACGUGAAGGAUGUUCCUAAUGUGCAACUACGACACAUUAAGCUCGAGAACAAUGAGAACAAGCCGGUGACCAAUUCGCGAGACGCACAGGAGGUCCCACACGCGAAAGGCGUCACGGUGUUGCGUAUUCUGCAUACCUAUCGGCACUCUACGAGUAUCUUUGAUGAUUUCGGGCAUUACGAACGCCGACAGGCCGAGGAAGAUCAGCGUAAGGCUCCAAACAACGCCAUACAGCAUCAUCAUUCUUCCUCCAAUCACAGGAACAGAGGACAUGCGUCGGAUAUGUCCAGGGAUCAUCAUCAGCAUGGUCAUCAGUCUCACCUGCAUCAACGCAAGGAACGCGGUGGUCGUAGUGGCAGAGGAAGUUCACGUCAGUAGCGUUGGAUAUUGCAGAGACGUAAUGCUGUUAAGAAGAAUAAUCGAUGUAAAGGAAGCACGCUACGACUAAUAAUCACGUCCUACCACUUACCUUUGCUUUCCCGAAUUCACAAUGGGCUUCUUCUGAUUUCCUGUGACCGAACAUUCGUUGUCGACCUCGACCGCGUUGUUCUUUCGUUGAAAUGAUUAAUCCGAUAAUCAGAUAACACUAGCAUUGCGUCAGCGUCAUCGUAAAAUAAUAUAUAACCGCGACUUACAAGGAGGAGAAGGAGAAAGAGAAGGAAGAGGAGGAAAGGGAGAGAAAGGAAAAGGAUAAUACACUAUUUCGAAGAAUAUUUGAUUAAACUCGCUGACGAUUAUAAAGCAUAUAGUGUGGUGUUGCGUGCUAUUCAUCGAAAGGUGUUUCUUAAACGUACAAAUCAUAAAAUGGGACAGAAAACAGAGAAAGGGAGGAGGAGGAGGAGGAGGAGAAGGAGGAGAAGGAAGAACGAAAGAAAGAAGACGCGGUAUAGAAGAAAGAAAAAAAAUAAAUAAACUGUAAUAUGUGGACUAAUCCUUGUAAAAUGCUUAAACUUUUGUUGAAAAUGGAAAAAAAAUCUAUACGAGAACAUUAUAUUAUAAACAAGUGUCAUUUGGAUUGGUUAGAUAUCGUUUUAAAUACCAAUGAACAUUCAAUCUGGUGCCUGCAGCUCGACAGAAGGGUCGAAAAUUCCCCCUUAAUUGUUAACAAGGUGCAGGGGCUUGUUACAACGUUCUCAGUUGUAUUUAUAAUCAUCAUGCUUCACAAAAUGAAUUAUACAGAAAACUAUUGGCGUUUAUUUUAGCGCGUAUUCUAUAUCUGUAUUGCGAAUAUAUCAUCUAUUAUUAUAUUAUGGACUACAGAAAAAUGAGUUGAUAAUAUAACAAGAAGUGAAAUAAUAUUGCAAUUAAUCUAUUGUAAUGUACACGAUGACGACGAUCAUUAUUGUACCAUUUGAUGACAUUUCAUGAGAUAUUCUUAUUGUUAAAUGCA